ACGGCAUUGUCCCCUACCUUUAUUUCCUCUGUAAUUGUAAACAUUACUCCGCUGCUGUGAGUAACUUCCCUCCUCUUUUGCCCAAAGCUUCAUUCGUCGGAGCUUCAAGAAAGCCAUGCCACAUAAUCCAUCUCUACGGUUUCAGAAUUGAAACCCUCCCUCUUAAUUUUAUCAAAUUCUCACCAUAAUUUCUCACAGAAUGUCUGAAGUCGAUCAGUUAUUAUCAAAAAGACCCGCAGAUCGAUACAUCAAAGGAGUCCAGCUUGGUGAAGGUACUUAUGGAGUUGUCAACAAAGCUAUCGAUUCCAAAACAGGGCAAGUAGUUGCUAUAAAGAAAAUUCGAUUAGGAGCACAGAAAGAAGGGGUGAAUUUUACAGCGUUAAGAGAAAUUAAACUGUUGAAAGAGUUAAAAGACCAGAAUAUAAUUGAAUUGAUUGAUGCAUUCCCUCAUAAGGAUAAUUUACAUCUUGUGUUUGAGUUUAUGGAGAGUGAUCUUGAAGCUGUUAUUCGUGAUAGAAAUAUUGUUCUUUCUCCUGGUGAUGUCAAAUCAUUCAUACAGAUGACAUUGAAAGGGCUUGCGUUUUGUCAUAAGAAGUGGGUUUUACAUAGAGAUAUGAAGCCUAAUAAUUUAUUGAUUGGAGCUGAUGGGCAGUUGAAGCUUGCUGAUUUUGGUUUAGCGCGGUUAUUUGGGAGCCCUGGUCGCAAAUUCACUCAUCAGGUCUUUGCUCGAUGGUACAGAGCACCUGAACUGUUGUUUGGUACAAAGCAAUAUGGGUCGGCUGUGGAUGUAUGGGCUGCUGCUUGCAUCUUUGCUGAGCUUCUCCUUCGACGACCUUUUCUACAGGGUUCUAGUGAUAUAGAUCAACUAGGAAAGAUAUUUGCAGCUUUUGGAACUCCAAAGACAGCCCAGUGGCCUGACAUGCUUUAUCUUCCUGAUUACGUGGAGUAUCAAUUUGUUCCCGCACCCCCACUUCGCUCAUUGUUCCCAAUGGCUAGUGAUGAUUGUUUAGAUCUAUUGUCAAAAAUGUUCACCUACGAUCCAAAUGUAAGAAUCACUGCAGAGCAGGCGUUGGAACACAGGUAUUUUUCGUCUGUACCUGCACCGACAAAACCAGCUCAGCUUCCCCGACCUCCCCCUAAAGGAGACAAACUUUCAGAUGGCAAUCAACCAAAGGAAGCUCCUACUGUUAUGUCUCCAGCAAGAAAAAGAUUAAAGGCUCAAUGUGACGGACUUAGUAUGGUUGAUGAUCAUGUACAUGACAGACAAACAACUGGUGGGAACACAGGAAAGAGUGAGACUAUACCUAUGUCAGUAGACUUUUCUGCGUUUGGAUCGAGACCUCCGCCCAGACCUACACUUAACAGUGCUGAUAGAUCACAUCUGAAAAGAAAAUUGGAUCUUGAUUUCUAACCCAAGAAAUAGUAACAGCCUAAAUUCAGUUCUUAAAGCCAUGAUGCUUAACCCUGGCUACUCAUCUAUGAUUUACGCAAUGAUUUUACUAGUUCUCUGGGGCACCAACAGAAAACAAUGAUGCAUCCUGGAGUGGAGAAUGACGUCAGGGAGGUCGUAAAAAUAGCAUUCUUUUUGUUCAAUUUUUUUUGUUACCCCAGAGAAAUCUGUACACUAUAGCCUGCUAAAUAAUAAGAAGACUUGAAACUGAGUCAAUUCAAUUGGGGGGAAUCGUUGGUUUUCAGUAGGGUGUGGUUUUUUGUUUUGGUUGUGUGAUAACGAAACCCAGUUUUGUUUCUUGUAGAAUCUGGGAUCUCUGGAACAGAAUCUGCUAAGAUUAGCUUCGGCUGUACAACAUAAUUAUAUGAGCAUUUUUUUCCUCUGUAUUGAUUUUUACUAAUGAAGAGUUAUUUUAUUAUAAUAUUCUAUCAAA